CACCACACGCACAGCGCCGAACGGAUUUCCUCGUCUCGUCUCUCCCCCAAUCCGACCACCCCCAUUCAUUCACCAACCCAAAAUAAAAAAGCCGUCCCGGGGCACCAGGCUCCGGAGUUCCUCCGGCGAUCCCUCCCUUAGACGGCCGUCCCCUUGCGCGCGCGCUCCAGGAGGGCCUUCCGCCUUCAGCUUGCAGAGCCCACCUAAUUGCUGCGAAAUGGAUAGAGGGCAGAACAGGAGGGAUGACGUCUUCAGGGGCAGGGAUCCAUUUGCUGGGUUUGGUUCCCACAGGAGCUUGAUUUCUGGCUUCUUUGGGGGGAGGGAUCCAUUUGAUGAUCCAUUCUUUACCCGUCCGUUUGGGGGUCAGAUGAUGGGUGGCAUGUUUGGACCUAGCCCGUUUGGGGGUCAGAUGAUGGGUGAGCAUGACAUGUUUGGACCUAGCCCUUUUGGGCCGAUGGGAGGGCCUUUUGGGGACAGGGGGAACCAUGGGUUCAUCGACCAAGCUCCGCCUAGGGGUAACAGCAGAAGGCCUGUGAUCACAGAGGUUGAUGAAGAUGAAGGAGAAAACGCAGAGCACGGUAACGAGCAGCCCAACCAAGAUUCUUAUGUUCAGGGGCCAGAUGAUGGGAGUGAUGGGACAGAAGGUGGCCAAGUCCAGCUGCGCAGGGAUCUCAAUAGGGCUAAUAGUGGAGGGCAGCCGCAGGCUCGUACUUUCACAUAUCAGAGCUCUUCUGUGACGUAUGGUGGUAUUAAUGGAGCUUACUACACUGCUUCAAAGACUCGGCGGACUGGCAGUGAUGGGAUCACUGUGGAAGAAAGCAAGGAAGCAGAUACAACAACUAAAGAGGCCACUCAUCGGAUCUCCCGAGGAAUCCAUGAUAAGGGCCAUUCCCUGACAAGGAAACUGAAUUCAGAUGGGAAGGUUGACACCACACAGACACUGCACAACCUGAAUGAAGAUGAACUAGCUGGAUUUGAGGAAUCAUGGAAGGGGAAUGCUGGACAUUACUUGCCUGGCUGGAACCAAAAUGCUGGUGUACCUAAUAGUGAUAAUUCUGGUAACCGUAGCUCCAAUGGACGUGACCGGCGGUCGGCCUGGGGCUGGGCGCUUCCUGGCACGGAGCAAGGCCGUGAUCCAAGGCGCAAUGGAAAGCCAAAGUCACGGGUCAUCCCAAUCUCCUGAAGAGAGUACACACGCUUUAGCAUGGACGGAGUAGAUAGAUAAAUAAACAGCUGGUUUGUGGAAGCUGCAACUCUGCAAGGUUCAGGUCCAAGUUCGUUUCAAGGAAACAACCUAAGGUCCAAGUAACCAGAGUCCUGACGAAGGUCCGAACGUGCCCGGUACCUGAAUUACUAUUUGUGUGAAUGUGUGGAAACGUAGAAACUCCCCCAUUCCUGUGGUUGUACAGUGUUACUACCUUAUUAUCUCUGAUGUGAAACCAUUUGUUUCGUCGAGACGUCUUGCUAUAAAAGCAUCGCGUAUAUUGCAAGCCAAACCUGAUUCGUUAGGACAAGUGCUGACAUUGUUCUGUUGUGAGUUGUUUGGGUCGCUGUC